AUGGACUCUGUGUUGGAACCUCAGCCCAAUGACAAUGCUCAAAACUUUCACCUGGAGUUGGGCUGGAAUCAACAAGAUGCUGUAAGUCAAGGCGGCUAUCAGGCUCAGUGCAAAAAAUUCAAGCCACCAGCCCCAGGAGAAAACACUCAAUGUCCCAAUAUUCAAAAACCAGUGUGUGGCACAGAUGGCCAGACCUACAAGAAUCUCUGUGAAUUCUGCAAGGUAGCUAUGGAACAGAAUGGACAGAUUGGCUACAAGCAUGAUGGAAAAUGCUAAACCUCCAAGUGGUUCAGUGCCUACAAUUUCCCUCACUAACUCACCUUCAAUAAAAAUAA